CGGAAUUAAUUACCUGUUCCAUUUUCCGCCACAUCAAACAGAGACCACUCCAAAACUUCGCCGGGAAACCAUGACCGGAGUUCUCAACGUUUCACCGGCGCCAAUUUUCCGGCCAGUUUCUUCUCACAAACUCUCUAGAAACAACAGAGUUUUUUUUGUAAAGUCAAUGGCGCAAUCUUCAGACAGUUCCAAUGGCUCCACUUCUGUGAGCACUCAAGCGGAACCUAAUUCUUCAUUUUCGCCGCCGCCGAACUUCAAACCGCCGAAACCUAAGCCAUUUACACCGAGAGCUGAUAAGAUUUUGGACAUAUUGGGUGCUUCUCUUGCUUUGCUUUUUCGCCUUGGUACUGGUGCUCUUGUUUCUGGGUAUUCAGCGUCUUUUGUCCCCAAAAAUGAGGUUCCAUCCGACCAGUAUGCACUUGAAAUUGCUGGCUUCAAGGUGAAGGAGAGUUCAAAUAUAGGUCCUCGACCUGAGAAGCCAAUCGAGAUAUAUGAGUUUGAAAGCUGCCCAUUUUGUAGGAAGGUUAGGGAAAUAGUGGCUAUUUUAGAUCUUGACGUUCUCUAUUAUCCUUGCCCAAGAAAUGGUCCGAAUUUCCGUCCUAAGGUUGGUCAGAUGGGUGGAAAGCAGCAGUUCCCCUAUAUGGUUGAUCCGAACACUGGAGUUUCCAUGUAUGAAUCAGAUGAGAUUAUCAAGUACUUGGUAGAAAAAUAUGGUGAUGGAAAUGUCCCACUUAUGUUGUCCCUUGGCCUUUUCACUACACUUACAGCAGGCUUUGCCAUGAUUGGUCGAAUGGGGAAGGGGUCUUCUUAUAAGCCAUCUAAACUGCCUCCCAAGCCGCUUGAGUUAUGGGCGUACGAGCCUUCUCCAUUUUGCAAAGUUGUACGUGAGGUACUUGUAGAACUAGAGCUACCCCACAUACUUCACAGUUGUGCUCGUGGUAGCCCCAAACGCCAAGUAUUAUACGAGAGAGUUGGUCAUUUCCAGGUCCCAUACUUAGAAGAUCCAAAUACUGGAGUCCAGAUGUUUGAAAGUGCAGAUAUUGUGGAAUAUAUACAGGCAACUUAUGCUCGUUAAGAUAAUUUCACAGGAGAAUACCUGCUAUGAGGCUCAAAGUUACUUCUCUUAUGAAUGAACUGAAGAUAAAUUUUUAUAUGGAGAUAAGUAUAUAAAAGGAAAGAUAUUCUGGAGUACAUUGAUGUUCCAUCUACAUCCUCACCAAAUCUGUGUUUUCAGUCUGUAAAAGUAAAUGGCUUUAACACAGUCCAAAAGAUUGACCUAUGUUACUAAAAGCCAACAGGAAACUUCAUCCAUUGCCCACUAUUCACAUUAUUAUUAAUUCAAUAUGUUAUUAUUUCAUGUCGUGUUGUUUGUAUUAGCAGUCAACUUCAGUUAAAUAUUUUAUGUUAGACCAUAGCUUGGCUAUAUAGGUGAUUAACAUUGUAAAUAUGUACUCUCCGGGGAAAAAAUUAUGGUUCACAAUAGAGGGAUUUGCUAUGAAUGACUUGUA